AUGAUCGAUAUCUUUUCUGCGGUGCACUAUACCGAGGAGAAACAAGUGACCUUUGCUGUAUUCCAAUUGGAGGGAGUAGCCCGUUCUUGGUGGAAUUUGAUAAGAUUGAAAUGGGAAAGAGAACAAACACCGAGGAUGUGGGUAAACUUCAUGAGGGAGUUCAAUACAAAGUAUUUCCCUCCUCUAACUCAAGAAAAGAAUGAAUAUGAGUUCAUUACGCUUUGCAAGGGAACUCAGACUGUAGCCGAAUAUGAGAGCCAAUUUACUUGGUUCUCUAAGUUUGCUCCCGAACUAAUUGUGAUCGAGCAAAGGCGAAUAAGGUUGUUUGUUCAAGGGCUGAAUGUAGAAAUUCAAAAAGAUCUAGCGGUAACCCAACACAACACAUUUAGUGAUGCUAUGGAGAAAGCCCAGCGAGUUGAAAGUACGAGGUUACAAGUUAGAAACUUCCAAGCGAAGAAAAGGGAUAUUCCUGAAAGUAGCUUAGAGCAAGGGGAUAAGAGUACAGCUCCUAAGUUAGGAAGGGGAGUUGGAGGUGUGAGAAUUCCGGGGAUAUCAAGGGGUGCCUCACAGGGAGGCUCGGUCUCUGCUUCCCAUGGUCCCUGCGGGUAUUGUGGGAAGCCGAAUCACACGAAGGAUAUCUACUGGAAGAAAGCAAGGAAAUGCCUACGUUGUGGGAGUGUAGAUCAUCAGAUCGCUAAUUGCCCAAUCCUACCUUGA